AUGGAGGAAACACAUCGUGAUGGUCGUGAUCAGGACCAGUACUUGAUGUGGAUGAAGAGAAAACAAAUCUUGAAGUCACAUAUUCAAGUCGCACCCUUUGGAAUAAGUGGCAAUAAUUCAUCAUCAUCAUCAUGGGAAGAAAAGGCAUUUGCUGAAGAUGCAGCAAGGAUUCUAGGUGGAUGCAUAUGGCCGCCAAGAUCAUACUCAUGCAGCUUCUGCAAAAGAGAGUUCAGGUCUGCUCAAGCUCUUGGGGGACACAUGAAUGUUCAUAGGAGGGACAGAGCUAGGCUCAAACGAAGCCUUAGCCCUCAUAAUCAUCAUCAUCAUGGUAAAAAUGAUUGUAAGUCAUCAUUAUUAUUAGGUACUUCUCAUCAUCACCAUCAUCAAUCUUCUGGUGAGAAUUACUAUCACUACUACUCUAGUAGCUUUACUGGAACUACUGAUAAUAAUUAUAAAGCUAUGAGUAGCAGCAAACCUUCAUCAUCUGAUUCAGAACCAAAAGAAGGAAAAGUCAAUGCAAUAACAAGUAGUUAUUGUAAUGAUGGUGAUUAUGUUGAAACAAGUUUGUGUGUGGGGCUGAAUAAUAAUUCAUCGUCAUCAUUAUGUGGGAACGAAGAAUCUUAUUGUAAAAGGUCAAAGAGGACAAAUUCUUCAAUGUUUUCUUCAUUUCUGAAGCCAUGUUCAAAUGAUAGAAGGCUGCAGGUGGCUUUAUUGCAAUCUGCAGAAUCAUUUGCAGAACCUACUGAAACUGAAAUGGAAGAUUUGGAUCUUGAACUCAGGCUGGGUAAACCGCAGAAAAUUUAG